GCUAGCCGAGUCGUGGCGGGUGGUCGUGGCCUGAAGAGUGGGGAGAACUUUGAGAAGGUCCUCGAGCCUCUCUGCGACAAGCUUAAGGCUGCUCUAGGCGCCAGCCGCGCUGCGGUAGAUGCAGGCUUCGUGCCGAACGAGCUGCAGGUCGGUCAGACGGGAAAAGUGGUGGCACCGCAGCUCUACAUCGCCGUGGGCAUUAGCGGGGCCAUCCAACACCUGGCGGGCAUGAAGGACUCGAAGACCAUAGUGGCCAUCAACAAGGAUGCAGACGCGCCGAUCUUCCAGGUCGCCGACUACGGCCUCGUGACGGACCUCUUUGAAGCGGUCCCAGAGCUCACUGAGAAGGUCUGA